CUCUGCUAGUGCUCUUUUCCUACGCCUGCUCCAGCCCGUAGGUCUACACUCGGUGUGCGCAGUGUGAAUAAGUAGUUUCGUUGGUCCUCAGCCUGGGUGACAUUUUCUAACUGAUGUGCACAGGAGCUCGGCGUAAGGGUUUCUGGAUUCCUUGCAAUUGCCGCGCAUUGAGAUAUAGUCAAUCACGCGAGAUUGUUGUGCUAGAAUUACGCUCGCUGUGAGUGGCACGAGAGUUUAGGGUUUUGAUGACGUUUCCUGUUGGAUGCUGGACGUUGUGACUUUGUCGCGGAGAGCGUUGUGUUGCAGCAUUGGUAGAAGCAAUGCUCUAGGGGGCUACGUUUCAAUACUGCUUGAAUGCGAAGGACUUAGCAAUUUGUAGCUCAAUCAGGGUUUGAUCGCUGGGCUACAGAGGUCUCGCUGUGGCCGGACUAGAGAUCGUACAUGUCAGCUCCGAGGAAAUAUCAUUACAUUGACAAGGACAAGAGGUUCUUAUAGCACCGCACGGCGCGCGUGCGUGAAGGCGCGUUUCGGGUUCUAGGGUUGAUGCGAACGAGGGAGUUUCAGCGUAUUGAAUGCUGUGCUAUUUAUCCGAAGAUACUGGAGCUGCAGGUUGACAUCUGACGGAAUCUGAAGGAACUGCUGCAGGCAUUUUCCAUUUCACACCUUAUUUUCCCAGAGUUGAAAGCUCUUUGGCAACAACAAUGCUUGGACCCUCUUCUUUUGAAAGGGUUCAGUCCUUGUCAGAGCAAGGACUUCUGGAAGUGCCAAGCUCCUACAUCCGACCUGCGGAGGAACGCCCCAGUAUAAGCGAGCUUGUAGGGGAGAUUCCUGUAAUUGAUUUAGCAGACGGGAGUUUAGAUGUUACUGCACAAAUUGGGCAAGCUUGUCGUGAAUGGGGCUUCUUUCAGGUUGUGAAUCAUGGAGUACCGAAGGAGCUACUUAAUCGGAUGCUUGAACUUGGUGCACAUUUCUAUGCCAAGCCGAUGGAAGAGAAGCUUGCAUAUGCAUGCAAGGAUCCGGGGACAGCUCCAGAGGGGUAUGGUAGCCGUAUGCUUGUGAAGGAAGAGCAGGUGAUGGAUUGGAGGGACUAUAUUGAUCAUCACACGUUGCCACUCUCUCGUCGUAAUCCCUCUCGAUGGCCUUCUGAUCCACCUCACUAUCGGAGCUCUAUGGAGGAAUUUAGUGACGAAACUUGCAAACUGGCGCGGAGGAUAUUGGGGCAUAUUUCAGAGAGCCUUGGAUUGCCAACCCAGUUCCUCGAAGACGCUGUCGGAGAACCUGCCCAGAACAUCGUUAUCAACUAUUAUCCCACCUGCCCACAACCACAGCUCACACUCGGUCUCCAGGCGCAUUCAGACAUGGGAGCCAUCACACUGCUCUUGCAGGACGAUGUUGCAGGAUUGCAAGUAAAGAAAAACAACGAGUGGUCCACUAUACAGCCAAUUCGCGACACAUUCGUCGUCAACCUGGGCGACAUGCUCCAGAUUUUGAGCAACGACAAGUACAGAAGUGUGGAGCACCGUACAGUGGUCAACGGCGAAAGAGCAAGAAAGUCGGUGGCCGUUUUCUACGACCCAGCUAAGAACCGGCUCAUCAGCCCUGCUGCUCCGCUUGUGGACAAAGACCACCCUGCAUUGUUUCCAAGCAUUUUGUAUGGGGAUCAUGUUUUGAACUGGUACUCCAAAGGACCAGACGGUAAGCGAACCAUCGAUUCCCUCAUCAUCGAAUGAUACAGGAUUUCAUGAAAUGGAAUGCUGCCUAUGUAUAGCCCUUCUUGCAGCCUGAAGUGGAGCCUCUUCAGUGGAUUCGAAAGUGGCCAGGAGACUGGCAUCACCAUAGCCUAGUUUUUUGAAGCUGAAGUAAACACAGUUUUUUUUUUUUGUUUUCAAACUUGUGUAAGUUGUAAUUUUCUAACCUCAUAAACAUGAGAACAAUUGUGUGUUCUCUGCAGUGGGAUGCUCAAUGUGUAGCUAGUCAUGCAUUGGAUUUGAAACCGUGGUUUUAGUGUGUAGUUUCAGUGGUUGUGGUUUAAGGGGCACUGUAUACGUAAAAGCCCUCUUUGAAAGGCCGUCAUCCAAAGGUUCCAUGAAGGGCCCUUGCUUACUGAACAAAAACCAUCCAUUGGAGGUGUCUGCCUUUGGAGAUAGUGGAAAGCAGUAGAAGUAAUUGAAAGGAGAACUUCAAUGUUUUAUUAUAACUCAAAAUAGAUCAAAUUGUGCCAGAUUUUGUUAUAAUUGCUACCCUUCUAUUUAACUUUUUCACUCA